AACGGUAAAACUCCUCCAGAGUAACCUGCAGCCUCCCCACCGCUACAAACUCGGGCUUAUUCCAACUUUUUUUUAACCCCCCAGCUCCUUUCUUUUUUUUUUUCCUUCUUCUUCACCCGCGUUUCGUUAGCACGGCGGGGAUUAGCCGACAGUGAGUCACAGAGCCGCGGUCGGAACUUGAAAUAUGACGGUAAUCAAAAUGGGAGGAAAGUCGCUGCUAGCUUGCUGAAGUUGGAGGUUUCUCCUUGUGGAAGAGGAAGAGGUGGCGGCGGUGGACACCACGAGUUCACUCUGACAAUAAGAGGAGUGAGCUCAACCUUCCAACAGACCUCCUCCUCCCUUUCAUUGGGCUAAGAUGAGUAUUACCAGUGACGAGGUCAACUUCUUGGUGUACAGAUACCUCCAAGAAUCAGGUUUCUCCCACUCAGCAUUCACCUUUGGCAUUGAAAGCCACAUCAGCCAGUCGAACAUCAAUGGAACACUAGUGCCCCCUGCAGCCCUCAUCUCCAUCCUGCAGAAGGGGCUUCAGUAUGUGGAGGCAGAAAUCAGCAUUAAUGAGGAUGGCACAGUCUUCGACGGCCGGCCGAUCGAGUCGCUGUCGCUCAUCGACGCGGUGAUGCCGGACGUGGUGCAGACACGGCAGCAGGCUUUCCGUGACAAGCUCGCCCAGCAGCAGGCCGCCUGCACAAUAGGUCCUUCCACCUCUGGAAACCAGCCCAACGCGCCAAAGAAUGGAGAGGCCACCGUCAACGGGGAGGAGAACGGUACCCACAACAUGAAUAACCACAGCGAGGCCAUGGAGAUGGAUGUAGAUGUGGAGAUACCGGCCAGUAAAGCCACAGUGCUGCGAGGCCACGAGUCUGAAGUCUUCAUCUGUGCCUGGAACCCUGUCAGCGAUCUGCUGGCCUCGGGCUCGGGGGACUCCACCGCCAGGAUCUGGAACCUCAACGAGAACAAUAACUCCAACUCCACCCAGCUGGUGCUGCGCCACUGUAUCCGAGAAGGUGGCCAGGACGUCCCCAGCAACAAAGACGUCACCUCACUAGACUGGAAUAGCGACGGCACUCUGCUGGCAACAGGCUCCUACGACGGAUUUGCCAGGAUAUGGACAAAGGACGGAAAUCUGGCGAGCACCUUGGGGCAGCACAAAGGGCCCAUAUUUGCACUCAAGUGGAACAAGAAGGGGAACUGUAUUCUCAGCGCUGGCGUAGAUAAGACGACAAUCAUUUGGGAUGCACACACAGGAGAAGCCAAGCAGCAGUUCCCGUUCCACUCAGCUCCAGCACUGGAUGUGGACUGGCAGAACAACACCACGUUUGCCUCCUGCAGCACAGACAUGUGCAUCCACGUAUGUCGCCUUGGCAGCGACCGGCCCCUCAAGACCUUCCAGGGCCACACGAAUGAAGUUAAUGCAAUUAAGUGGGACCCGUCGGGGAUGCUGCUCGCCUCCUGCUCGGAUGACAUGACCUUAAAGAUUUGGAGCAUGAAGCAGGAGUCCUGCGUCCACGACCUCCAGGCUCACAGCAAAGAAAUCUACACCAUCAAGUGGAGCCCCACAGGCCCCAGCACAAACAACCCCAACUCAAACAUCAUGCUCGCCAGUGCGUCGUUUGACUCGACGGUGCGACUGUGGGACGUGGAGCAGGGCGUCUGCAUCCAUACGCUGACCAAACACCAGGAACCCGUGUACAGCGUGGCCUUCAGCCCCGACGGCAAACAUCUAGCCAGCGGCUCCUUCGACAAAUGCGUCCACAUCUGGAACACCACGACCGGAGCGUUGGUGCACAGCUACAGGGGUACUGGCGGCAUCUUCGAGGUGUGCUGGAACAGCACCGGAGACAAAGUGGGGGCCAGCGCGUCAGACGGCUCGGUGUGCGUCCUUGAUCUGCGAAAAUAGCCGACCUGAGACUCUGAUGAAUCCUGGAAUGUGUAGAAAUUGCCUUCUUCUGACAUCAGCGCACACACUCAUCGCUCAAGAAGGGCUGUGGAGGUGAACUGAGAGAAACUCGUCCCGGGAGCCGAGCAAGACCAGCGCAGCGGCUCCAGCACCAACAGAACCCAGCGCACCUUACGGUUUGCCCACGUGUGUUUUUACCGACGCGCCCACUCGAGACGCGGCGGACGGCGGCCUGCAGAGUCCCAGAGACUGGACACAACUCCGAGUGGCGAAAAGGUUUCUAAUGAGGAAGUGGCGUGACCCCCCCCCCGCCUCCCGCACACCCCCCCGGGGCCACCGGUCCAGCUGUUAUCGGGACGUUAAGGGGUGAAAACACAAAGACGAGUUGAGAGAAAUAGAGAAGUGUUAAUGAGAUACAGGCGUUUGGAGUGUGAGAGGCAAAAAAAGAAGAAAAAAAAAAGAGAAAAAUAAUUGCGACAGGAGAGUUGUGGAUUUAGAUUUCCUGGGGAAAUGUUACUUCAUGUCCAAGUGAACUGUCUGACAACACGAUGAAAGUAACAUCAGUCCUGAAGCCCUGCUGCUGUCUGGGUGCUGCACUUCUCAGUGGAGAAUAGUUUGUGUCAAGAGUACUUCUUGCUUUUCUUUUUCUUUUUCUUUUCUUUUUUUUUUUUUGUCUUAUUUUCCACAGAUGGACUUCUGAGAGUCAAACUGAAUGUGCCGCUACGAGGUAGUUCUUAGCUCAUUUUAACAUCAGGUCAGCAAAAAGGAAAACCUGCCAAGAAACAGUCCGAACCCUCGAUAAAUGACCUGCUCGGUUCACUCAAGAUUUAAGGAAAAAAAAAAAAAAAAAAGCAAAGAGAAAGAGAAAACAAAAAAAAAAAA